AUGAAUANUAUUAGGUCUACUUCUACUAUAAAUCUCAGCUAUUAUGAAUAUGUUCAACAAGAUAAACUAAAAGAGGGAGUGCCUAAAUAUCAAAAUAAUGAAUAUCAACUGGAUGAAAGUGUUAGAAAAUCCCAAGGAGAAUAUCAAAGCAUAGCUGAAAUGAAGUUACGUAUUCUAUUUCUGACAAAUGCACACAAUUCCAUGUCACAAGCUGCUUAUUUGAUGCUAAAAGGAAUGGGUCAUACUGUUAUGAUUGAAUUAGCUUUGUCAUCCGAACAAAUGGAACAGGUUGCAACUGAAUUAAAACCAGAUUUCAUUAUAUGUCCAUUUCUGACGAAAGUUGUACCUGAAAGUUUAUAUACAAAAUUCAAAACAUUGAUUGUUCACCCGGGUAUUGUUGGCGAUCGUGGCAUGCAUAGCAUAGAUUGGGCCUUACUUGAACAAAAAGCAGAAUGGGGUGUUACGGUAGUAGAAGCCGCGAAAGAAAUGGAUGCAGGGCCAAUUUACGGAACACAAAAUUUUCCUUUAGAUACUUUGCUUCCAGCUGAAUUAACAAAAUCAAAAAUUUAUCGUAACCAUGCUGUACCUGCUGCACUAAAAGCUAUUCAUCAAGCCAUAACAAAUAUUGUGAAACAAGUUCAACCAAUCCCACUGGACUAUUCAAAUCCUGCUGUCAAGGGAACACUCAAACCAACAAUGAAACAUUCUGAUUGUUCUAUCAAUUGGGAGUGUGACGAUGCAAAAACUGUCGUUCGGAAAAUAUCUGCACGUGAUUCAAAUCCAGGUCUUAGAUGA